CAAAUUCUUAUUAAUAAAAAGAAAAAUUUUUAACGUAUUUAAGAAAUGAAUUAAUUAAAUAAUCAAAAUUUAAAAGAAAAUAUGAUGCAGCAUCAAUCUAAAAAAUUAACUAUUGCUGAGCCUAACACUUAUAGAUUAGCUCCAUCUUUUAAUAAUAGUUAAAUUAAAUCACAACACACAAGAUCAUAAAGCAAUUUUCUUUCUAGCAGAACAUCUCCUUUAGGAAGGGCAGAAAAUAAACAAGACCAUUCGCCAAUUUAAAGGAGUAGGAUCAAUGAAAAAAAAAUACCAUAGCUAAAAACUUAAAAUAAUUUAAGAUAAAUUCUUAAAAGAUAAUUUAAUACAUAAAAUAUAGCUUAAAAUAAUUAAAUAAGCUACUCUAAUUUGGAAAAAUAAAAAAUUAUCACAUCUUUACUCUAGGAUAACUCUAUGAACCAUCUCAAAAAUUAAAUGUUAAAGAUUGCUUUAAAUUAAAGUUAAGUUAUAAACAAAUAGCCUACAUCAGUAAGAAAUGAAUGCUUUUCUUAAGCAUGCUUGUAAAAAAUAUAGACUCAAAAUAACAUAAGUGGUAUUAAUAAAAAAAGUAGUGAAAAUUCAUCAUCGAAUUUGAGCUUUUAUUCAACUAGAAACCCCAUUCCAAAUACAAAAGAUGCUCUUUUUAAAAGCUUACUUAGAAAAAAUAGUGCUAUUAUACCAACUACAAUUUAAUAAACUACCUAAAAUUUUAAUUCUUUUGCAACAGGAUAAAGAAGUAAUUCUUCUUUGGCUAAAGAAUUUGAAAACAAAGAAAAUCAGCCACUAAAGAUUACUUUAUAAAUGGUCUAAGAUUUAAAUUCAAAACAAGUUCAUUAAAGCUAAGAGAAUAACAAAUUUUGCUUAAAUUCUAUUAAAUAAUAAAGAUAGACUGAUAAAAUAAAUAUUUCUAACAAAGAUUUAAAUUAAAAACAAAUUUUAUAAAGCUAAGAGAAUAGCAACUUUUCGUUAAAUUCUAUUAAAUAGUAAAAGUCGAUUGAAAGAAUAAAUAUUUCUAACAAAUAAGAAGCUUAAAAACCUCUUUAAAAAAAUUAACAGUAAAAAAGUAUACAGCAAAUUAAUAAAUUAGAAAAAUCAAAAUCACAACCAAAAAACAAAUUCCCAUAAUAUUUUUAAAUAAAUUUGUCAGAAUAUAUUAAAUAAAAUAAUAAAUAAAUAGAAACAAAGUCAACAAUCAAUAUUAAUUAAAUGUUACAAGAAAAGUCAUAAUUAGAAAACUAAAAAAUUCAGGUAUCUCAUAACAUCCAUAAGUAAGAGGAGUCUAACAAUUAAUCUAAAUUAUCUAAUCCAUCUUGGUAAUAAAUAAAUGCUUAGUUUAAUUAAUCUUCAAAUACUCACAGCAUUGAAUUUAUUGAUACUAUAGGAGAACAUGAUCAUUUAUAAAGAAUCUCUACUGUUAAAGAUACAGAAAAUAGCAUGUUACACGAUUUUAGAUUAGAAAAAAAUUAUAUUUUUUUAAGCUGA